CGCGAGCGGCGGGCGUUGGGCUGGCGGCUCUCGCGCUCCCGCUCCCGCUCCCGCCCGCACACAGCGGCGCGCUCACCCGCACACGCCCGCCCGCUCCCGGGCCGCCCCGGCGCGGGGCACAGAGGCGGAGACCCGGCGGGCAGAGCGCGCCCCGCGCCCGCGCCCGCGCCUACCCCGCCACCUUUGCGCUCCGCAGCGGCGCGCUUUGCCCGGCGCCCCCGCCAGUCCUGCCGGAAGAUGGUCAACGACCGGUGGAAGACCAUGGGCGGCGCUGCCCAACUUGAGGACCGGCCGCGCGACAAGCCGCAGCGUCCGAGCUGUGGCUACGUACUGUGCACCGUGCUGCUGGCCCUGGCUGUGCUGCUGGCGGUGGCCGUGACUGGGGCUGUGCUCUUCCUGAACCACACCCACGCGCCGGGCACGGCGCCCCCGCCUGUCGUCAGCACCGGGGCCGCGGGUGCCAACAGCGCCCUGGUCACCGUGGAGAGGGCCGACAGCUCGCGCCUCAGCAUCCUCAUCGACCCGCGCUGCCCCGACCUCACGGACGGCUUCGCCCGCCUGGAGAGCGCGCAGGCGUCGGUGCUGCAGGCGCUGACCGAGCACCAGGCCCAGCCGCGGCUGGUGGGCGACCAGGAGCAGGAGCUGCUGGACACGCUGGCCGACCAGCUGCCCCAUCUGCUGGCCCGAGCCGCGGAGCUGCAGACAGAGUGUGUGGGGCUGCGGAAGGGGCACAGCACGCUGGGCCAGGGGCUCAGCGCUCUGCAGAGCGAGCAGGGCCGCCUCAUCCAGCUUCUCUCUGAGAGCCAGGCCCACAUGGCGCACCUGGUGAACUCCGUCAGUGACAUCCUGGAUGCCCUGCAGAGGGACCGGGGGCUGGGCCGGCCCCGCACCAAGGCCGACCUUCAGAGAGCGCCUGCCCGGGGAGCCCGGCCCCGAGGCUGUGCCACUGGCUCCCGGCCCCGAGACUGUCUGGACGUGCUCCUAAGCGGACAGCAGCACGAUGGUGUCUACUCCGUCUUUCCCACCCACUACCCCGCCGGCUUCCAGGUGUACUGCGACAUGCGCACGGACGGCGGCGGCUGGACGGUGUUUCAGCGCCGGGAGGAUGGCUCUGUGAACUUCUUCCGGGGCUGGGAUGCAUACCGAGAAGGCUUCGGCAGGCUCACCGGGGAGCACUGGCUAGGGCUCAAGAGGAUCCACGCCCUGACCACGCAGGCCGCCUACGAGCUGCACGUGGACCUGGAGGACUUUGACAAUGGCACAGCCUACGCCCGCUAUGGGAGCUUCGGUGUGGGCUUGUUCUCUGUAGACCCUGAGGAAGACGGGUACCCGCUCACCGUGGCUGACUAUUCCGGCACUGCAGGUGACUCCCUUCUGAAGCACAGCGGCAUGAGGUUCACCACGAAGGACCGUGACAGUGACCACUCAGAGAACAACUGCGCUGCCUUCUACCGCGGCGCCUGGUGGUACCGCAACUGCCACACGUCCAACCUCAACGGGCAGUACCUGCGAGGGGCGCAUGCCUCCUAUGCCGACGGCGUGGAGUGGUCCUCCUGGACCGGCUGGCAGUACUCACUCAAGUUCUCCGAGAUGAAGAUCCGGCCGGUCCGGGAGGACCGCUAGACCGGUGCACCUUUUCCUUGGCCCUGCUGGUUCCCCAUCGCCCCAUCCCCGUCCCCACCUCACUCCUUCGUGAACGUUCUCCACCCACCUGUGCCUGGUGGACUCAAUCUCCAGGAGGGAGGGGCCGGGCUGUCCCUGACACGAAGCCCCCUGGGCGGGUGAAGUCACACGUCACCUCACGGCCCCACCUGCUCCAUUCGGCAGCUAACUGGUCUCUUGCCUCUGCUGAUGGGACUGAGAAAUUUGAGGACCCCAACUCCUACUUUUCCCCACUGUGGCUCCUGCGCUGUCUGCUGUCCCCAGGCCAGGAUGGUGGAGUCUGCCCCACGCCCUGACUCCAGCAGAUGCCCCAGGCAGCCCUCCGCUCUGCCCAUCCAAACACUGGGCAUUACGGGGACAGAGAGCAGAGGGCAGACAGCACCCCUGGAGCCCUCCUAGCAGAUCGCGAAGGAAUGUCAGGCCUCUCCGAGGUCAGGUCUGAGGCCAGUGUCCUCCAGCCCUCCUGAUGCCAACCCCACCCCCAUUUCCCUAGUGCCUGGAGAACCCACCUCUCCCCCAAGGGCCCCAACCUGGCUGUGGCCACAACCCACCAUACCCUGAGGCCAGGCGGGGGAGCUGCUGUGGGCAGGGAUCCACGCCCCAAGGCUAAGGCCAGUUCCCUGGGGGCCACCCACCCUUUGCCCCUGCAGGCCUGGGGUCUUCAGUCCCCUUAGCUGCUGUACCCAUCAGCUGCUAUCUGUCUCAAAUGAGGCCCAACCCAGCUCUCAGCUGUCCUCCUACCCUGGGCAGCGAGCCCCAUCCCAUUUUCCCUGCCUCUGGAAGGUAGGCGGGGUCUGCACAUGGUGCUGGGCUGUGCCAGUGGGAGCUCUUGGUUUUCUGCACUGGGGGGCAAGGCAGGGCUGGGAUGGGGCUUGUGCCACCCCCACCCCCAAUUUCCCAGGGACUCAAGGGAGGGCCUUGGGGGCAAUGAUCCCCCUCCCUGAGGCCACACU